UUGGGGAAGUGUGGCUCGAUACGGAGGCUGCGUAGUGAGCGAGCGAGAGGUAGCCGGUGCGGCGCGGUGCGGUGCGGCGAGGCGGCAGUGGCCACAGCGCCGCGCGCCACUCCGGACGACGCGGCGAGCUCUCUGCCGCACGCGGCGCACGUGCCGAUGGGCACCACCCCGCCGCCCGCGGGGCCCGCGCCCCCCAAGCACAACAAGAGCCGCCGCAAGAUCUCCCUGCCAUGGUUCCGCCAGAGUUCCGUCACCGCACCGCAUGCAGCGCUCUCCCGACAACACACCAUCGACACCCCGAGCUCGUUUCACGCGCGUUUGCUCAAAGGCAACCGCCAGCGCCAGGCUGGCCCAGAGAUGACAUGGGUGGUAGCAGAGCAUACCGCCACCUCUAAUGGAGAGCUCACAGUGACCAAAGGACAACAAGUGGAGGUGGUGGAACCGUGGCAGGGCCGCAGCGACUGGUGGGUGGUGCGCGCGCCCGGCGAGCCACCGCAGGAGGGCGCCGUGCCGGCCCACGUGCUAAAGCCACAACCUCAGCAGCCUCCGCAACAGAAAACCUCACCUUCCCGACGACCGCUUAGCCAGCCCUGUGAUGAAGUCCUUGAAACAUCGACCGUCGAUCCCGGUGUCUCAGUGAGUGCCGCAAGUCCCGGUAAACGAAGAGGUUUCAGUGGGCGGCGGUGGCUCGGGCUUAAAGGGAAGCCGUCCCAGGGUAAGGCGGACAAGGCUCCGGGCGGGGCGCAGUCCCCGGCCGCGACCGAGAAGCCAGUGCAACUCAAGAAGAUCCCAUCUGAAAAGAAACUUCGUUUGCCGUACGUGAAUGACAACGGACGCGAGGAGGGUUCCGAAGGCCCGCAAGGUGGCGCUGCAGCCCUGGAUGAGGCAGAAGAUGACGCUCCGGACGUGGAACUGCCGCCGCCAAUGAAACCGAUACAGGAUCCGCAAUCAGUGCUCCAGCAGGCACCGACGCCCGCUGCCGUCGCUUCGGCUCCAACAACUCGCAACUCCUUGGCAUUGGACGUCCUGGACUCUAACGGUGGUCCGGCGGAUAUUGCGGAAAUUGAACAAAUAGUGAAAGAAAAAAUGGAACAGCAUGGUGGGGCUGGCGCUUGUAGCGGUGCUAGUGGGGGGACGAACGGCGGUGAAGAUGAGGAGCCUGUUACUCCUGGCCCGGACAGCGCCGAAGCCAUCCUCAAGAAGCGGGAAUAUGUACUCCGUGAGCUCGUCGACACCGAAGAGAUAUACGUGUCCGAUCUCCGCCUCGUUUGUGAUGGAUAUAUGCGCCACAUGGCGGAUCCGUCAGCCGACCCGCCUCUACCAGAAGGGCUUCGUGAUCGUCGCCACCGCAUGAUAUUUGGGAACAUCGAAGCUAUUUACGAGUGGCACCGAGACAAAUUCUUGCGCGAGCUCCAAGCCUGCAUGAAAUCGCCGGAGCUGCUUGGGCCUUUAUUCCGUCGAUUUCUGGAAAAGAGGAUGUUCCUCUACGAGGCUUACUGCCGCAACAAGCCCGUCUCAGAAUACAUCGUCUCCGAGCACGAUCACUAUUUCCAAGAACUACGGCACAAAUUGGGCCAUAAGCUGCAGCUGGGCGAUCUUCUUAUUAAGCCCAUUCAGCGCAUUCAAAAGUACCAUCUGCUGGUUAAGAAGAUCUUGGCUUACUCCGAGAGUGCCAAUGCUCCUGACAACGUGAUAUCGGCUCUGGAAGAAGCUGUCUUGUGUACGUCCAUCAUUCCGAAAAACGCCAAUGACAUGAUGGACGUCGGCCGCUUGCAAGGCUUUACGGGGAACAUAACAGCGCAGGGAAAGUUGCUGAUGCAGGAGCCGCUGGUGGUAUCCGACGCUACCAGCAACGAUAAGGGCAAGGAACUGCACGUGUUCUUGUUCGAGCAAUGCGUCAUAUUCAGCGAGGCCGUCGGCAAAAAGAACCAGUUCACCAGCCCCACUUACAACUACAAGGCUCAUGUGCAGGUCAACAAAAUGGAACUGGAGGAGUUGGAGAACAACGGCGCAUUUAUCAUUCACUCGUUGGACCCUAACAAGCCGAAGCAGUCGUUUAUGUGCCGCGCCCCUGAGGCCCGUCGCGCUCAAUGGACCUCAACUUUAUCUACUAUACUGCGUUCCCAACGUAUCUUUGGCGAGGCCCUGGAGAACCCCGGAGCUUAUCUACGGGAACUGCAUCGUGAUCAGGCUCGCGAUCCCGCUGCCGUGGGUGAGGGUUGGAGCGGACUACGUAAGACGGAGAGUGUGCCUCCGUGUUUGGGGGGUCGCUUGGCCCCUGAGCUCCGAGGGCGAUCGCAGCGCCCCCACACUAAAGCCAACACGAUCAAUCUGCCCACCGGUACUGUACGCAGCGAUGAUCGCAAGAAGACGCCCAGUACGGCAGUGAGCCCUACUUCGCCGCCGCACGCCAACGGGUUAUCGAAGCGAGCAUGGGGCCUGAAGUUGCGGCGGGGUGGCAGUAGUAGCAGUGGCGGCAGCGGUGGGGGGGGAACCGAGCGCGGAGGGAGCUCGGCCCGGCUCACGGUGGGUGCGGGAGGGACGCCGGGAGUGCCGACUGUCCGCGCACACCCAGGCGGAGGGCUGGUGGUCCAGUGGGAUGAGCCAGCACCAGUUCAUCUUGAAUACUGCCGCGUAGGGGAGGGGGAGUGGAGACGCGCAACGGAGACCCCCGCUGCAGCCAGCACACUCGCACUAGAAGAACUUCCUGCCGGACAAUACAGUUUCAGACUGGUGUGUUCGCGUGGCGGGUACGGGCCGGCGUCGGCGGCGGCGGCGUGUGGCGGUGGCGGCGGCUGGCAGCGCGAGCAGUUCGCACGCCGCUACGCGCUCGCCGAGGAGCUGGGCCGCGGCCGCACGGCGCGCGUCGUCGUUGCGCGCGACACCGGCACCGGCCACCGCGUCGCGCUCAAGCAGGUGGUAGCCGGUCGAGGAGCGGACGCCGUGCGAGAGUACCGCAUCUUAUCCCGCGGUGCCCACGCGGCCGUAGUGCGGGCACUAGCGUUGUUUGCGGAAGUCCCACGCGCGGGCGCCCACACUCUAGUGCUGGAACUAGUGGGCGGUGGACCGUUACUGGACUGGGCGGCCACCUCCUCGCAAUACACGCAGCGCACCGUAGCCCAUCAUACGAAGAGUCUGCUCUCCGCACUCGAGUGGCUGCACGCCAACGAGGUCGCGCAUCUAGAUGUUAGGCCGGAAAAUAUUCUAGUAGAACUAGGCGGGGCACAACCCCAGUUAAAACUGGUAGACUUCGGCUCGGCGGUGGAAACGGGUGAAAAGGGAGCAAGCACGGUGAGAGAUGUUCUACCCCCCCGCGCCCGCUCAGUUGGAAUUCGCACCCCCGGAAUGUGUCCUCGGUCGGCCGCCGACACCCGCCUGGGACGCCUGGGCCGCUGGCGUUUUCCUAUAUGUAUUCCUAACUGGGCUGUCGCCGUUCUUGGACGACUCGAUCGAGGAGACGACGGCGAACAUUAUCAAGUGCGACUACUGCUUCCCGGCGGAGCACUGGGGCGGCGUGGACGAGCGUGCGCAGGCGCUCAUCCGCGGCCUGCUGGCGCCCUCGCCUGCGCACCGCCUCGCGCCGCGGGCCGCGCUUGA